AUGUCCAGCAUGUUCAAAUCUAUGAAUCCGCUGGCGAACCAUGCCGCUUCCGAAUUCCCGGGCGUACUGAUCCCCAUGGCCGAAGCACGGCGACAUUCCACCUCAAGCUCCGAGCACUCACGCAAAUCUGUCGAGCAUGAAAUCGUCGACGACGCCAAGGCCGAAAGCAGCUCGGGACACAGCCUACCGAGCUCAUCACCGGCUUUCACCAUCGACAGUCUUCGCAAGGAGAUUGAGGCUGAUCUGGCGGCGGAAGGUCACGAUUCGGCCUACGAUCGCAAGUCCCAGGUCAUCAACAAAGCUAUCCAGGAUAUCGGAAUGGGUCGAUAUCAAUGGCAGCUUUUUGUGCUCUGCGGCUUUGGUUGGAUGGCUGAUAACCUCUGGCUGCAAUCUGUUGCCAUUACGCUGCCUUCGAUUACGGCUGAGUUUGGUGUCGACUCGAAUAAUGUGAAGUAUACGACUAUGGCAUUGUUUAUUGGUCUUUGCAUAGGCGCCUCGUUCUGGGGCAUUGCCUCCGACAUUAUUGGUCGACGUCUUGCAUUCAACUGCACACUGCUGAUAGCUGGUAUGUUUGGACUCGCCGCUGCAGGUGCACCAAACUGGACUGCCGUAUGCGCACUAUAUGCAUGCCUUGGUCUUGGCAUCGGUGGUAACCUACCUGUCGACGGCGCUCUGCUAUUGGAGUUCCUUCCUUUCUCGAACGGCAACCUGCUCACCUUAUUGUCCGUCUUUUGGCCUGUUGGAACCCUCAUUGCCUCUAUGGUAGCAUGGGGUCUUAUACCACAAUAUGGAUGCGCUUCCGACCUCGACUCGUGCGUUUUGACCAAUGAAGUCCAGCCAUGCUGCUCCAAAAGCAACAACUGGGGCUGGAGAUACUUCAUCCUGACUAUGGGCUCGAUCACGAUGCUGAUGUUCAUCUGCCGCUUCUUCCUCUUCCAUCUCUUCGAGUCGCCGAAAUUCCUGCUUUCUCGUGGACGACAAGCUGAGGCUGUUGCGGUUGUGCACGGUAUCGCGUACCACAACAAGAGUCAGAUUUGGCUCACAGAAGACAUACUCGAUCAGAUCGGUGGUCAUUCGGAUACUGCGUCAAAGGAGAAGCUCGGUGUCGCGGAGAUCCUCAAGCGCAGCUUGUCAAAGUUCUCAACACAGCGUAUUGCACCAUUGUUCUCUGGCUGGCGUCUUGGUCUAUCGACAGCACUCCUGUGGUUCAUCUGGGCGACUAUCGGGAUGGGAUAUCCACUGUUCAACGCCUUCUUACCACAAUACCUUGGUGGCGCCGAAACAUCAACCAACACGACAUACCGCAACUACGCCAUCACAUCUGUCGUCGGUGUUCCUGGCAGUAUCACUGCAUGCUAUACUGUCAACAUCAAGUACAUCGGUCGCAAAGGCACAAUGGCCAUCAGCACGGUCAUAACCGGCGUCUUCCUGUUCGUAUUCACCCUUUCCUCCGAUUCAAACUUCCAGCUCGCUUUCUCCAGUCUGGAAGCACUUUUCCAGAACGUUGCAUACGGCGUGCUUUUCGCAUAUACUCCGGAGGUCUUUCCAGCACCAAACAGAGGAACUGGAUCCGGGAUUGCAAGCUUUCUGAACAGGUUGGCAGGACUUUGCGCUCCGAUUGUUGCUGUCAAUGCCGGGUCGGCGGAUCCGAAGUCGCCUAUCUAUGCUAGUGGUGCGCUAUUCUUUGCUGCGUUUUUGGCCAUGUUGGCUUUACCUAUUGAGACAAGAGGGAGGCAGACAUUGUAG